AUGUCUUUCCAGGAACGCGCCCAGCAGCACAUCUCGCAGCUCGACAAGGAGCUGUCCAAGUACCCUGCCCUCAACAACCUUGAGCAGCAGAGCUCCGUCCCCAAGGUCUACGUCGUCCUUGGUCUCGGUGCCCUUUACUUCUUCCUCAUCUUCUUCAACAUCGCCGGCGAAUUCCUCGUCAACUUUGCUGGCUUCCUCAUCCCCGGCUACUACUCACUCGAGGCUCUCUUCUCCUCGGGCAAGGCCGAUGACACCCACUGGUUGACCUACUGGGUCACCUACGCCUUCUUGACCGUUCUCGAGAGCGCCGUCAACGCCGUCUACUGGUUCCCCUUCUACUACACCUUCAAGUUCAUCCUCGUCCUCUGGAUGUCCCUUCCCCAGACUGGUGGUGCCAAGAUUGUCUUCAACUCCCUCCUCCACCCUCUCUUCGGCCGCUUCUUCACCCAGACC